AUGGUGGUCCACGUUCUUCGUUCACAUUCGAAGAAUUCACUCCUAUAUAAACCAAAUCACGGAGCGGUACUCGGUGAGACCGGGUCUGCAGGGAGACGGGGAACGUCCAGGUCGCCCUCCGAUCAACGCAUGGAAACCGAUCGGCGACCUCCCUCCUCUCUGAUCCCGCCUCCGCCGCUUUUCGAUGCCGGCAUCGAGCACUCCUACACCUCCACGGAAGCAGCUGCCUCGCCAUCGUCCAACGCUUCCCCGAUCGCCGAUCCCGAUCGCCGUCAAUCUCGGAGAGGCUCCCUCGUCGUAUCUCCUUCUCUCGAAGUGGAUGUCUUCGCCGAUGCCAUUGAUGAGGUGAGUCUCCAAAAAACCAAAGUGGCGGCCGUCGAUCCACCAGACCUCUCUGAGGAACUUCGCGAUCGGAUCGUUCGGCAGGUUGAGUAUUACUUCAGUGAAGAGAAUCUGGCUACUGAUAGAUUUCUACUAAGGUUUAUCAAGAAGGACAAAGAAGGAUAUGUUCCUAUAGAAGUUAUUGCAUCUUUCAGAAAAACAAAAAAGCUCACUAAAACACUGUGUGUAAUUGAGGCUGCACUUAGAACAUCAUCCCAGCUUGUUGUUAGUGAGGAUGGGAAGAAAGUGAAGAGAUUGCAUCAGUUAUCGAUUGAAACCACAGACUCUAAGCUUCGGACUGUUAUAGUGGACAAUCUACCAGAUGAUUGCUCAGAAAAAAAUAUUCGAAGCAUCUUUGGCAAACUUGGAAAAAUUCUAAAGAUCACUCUCCACAAUCCGCACCUCCACCACAAGUCAGCAAAUAACAGGACGUCUGGAAUCAUAAUCAAUAGUAAGACAUACGCUCUUAUCGAGUAUGGAACAGCGGAGGCAGCAGCAAGUGCUAUAACUUACUUCAACCAUGAGGAUAAUUGGCGAAGUGGCAUGCGUGUUGAACUCCAACUCACUAGAAUGGGGAAGCAUGGGCUUGCUCUAAAAGGCCUCAAAAGGACAUACGAGAAGAAGAGUAGUGCUCAUGUUGAAGAACCAAAUGCAAUCCAGGAGAAAAUUUCUAUAGCGAACCAUGAGAUGCUAGCUUUAAAAGAGGAAGGCAAGCAGGGCAAAGGUGCUCCAAGGAAUAGGUAUAAAGGUCGAGGAAGAGGUCGAAUUAAACAGAACCUCUGCAGUGAUGCUAGAGCUCAACAAUUUCAACAAAAUGGCCAUACAUUUGCGAACAAGUCUCUACAAUGGCCAAGGAUGCCGGACGGAACAAGAGGUUUUGCUUUCGGACGGGGCAAACCUGAAGCCAAAUCUACAUGAUGCUCGAGUUUUCGAACGGCUCCAUGAUAUAAAGAUACCAUCCUUCCUCUAAUAAACUAACUACAUUCAAGGAAUCUGCUUCGGUAAAAAGAUCCUCCAAUCAACUAACUAUAUUCGAGGAAUCUGCUUCAGUAAAAACAGAGCAUGUCAUAUCUCGUGCUCUUUCUACAAAACAGUGUAUCGCGCCAUUUUUCUUGUACCAAAUCAGAUGAUGAAUCGGAAUGCGCCAUUCACAAUCUUUUUUA